GUUCAUUUUCAAGCAGUGGAAGGAGCGUUACAUUCAUCUUAGCAAGGAUGGUAGCCUCUUCGUGUCACGAGACUUAGACUCUCCUCCUGAGCUGGAAGUCUCUCUGCUCUCCCGCUGUCAAGCAGUACUGGAAGGACCAGAUUUGGGGGACAUGCCUAAACUUCCUGUGGGGACCCAAAAGGACUGCUGCCUGGGGCUCUCGUUGAAUGAUGGAAGGAAACUCCUUCUCCUGGCCCGAGAUUCACAGGACUGCAGGUAUCCAGGACUCUGACAGAGAGCACAACAAGGACACUAACAAAGGUCACAGCCAAUGUAUGCACAAUGUCAAUAUGCUUGGAGAUUAGAAUAAAGAAACACCAUUAGAAAUAAAAUGCCAAUGGCCUAAUAUAUCACUAAUUAGCCAAGAAUCCAUGAAAACAAUAUCACUGAGAUAAAUAUCCAAAGGCAUAACACCACAUGAAACAUAAGAAUAUCCCAAAGGUGUUAUUUCACAUGACAUAUAAUAUCACUCUAGGACAUAUGAUAGGUACUCAUGCACUAAUAUAAAAAAAGACCAUUCCUAAAGGCCUAUUAUCAUCAGAUAUCCUAAUGGUCUAAUAUCACAUGACCUGAUAAUAUCAAUAUCUUAAUUGAUUAAUUUCACAUGACCUAAUAAUAUCAAUAACCUAAUAGUCUAAUAUCACAUGACCUGAUAAUAUCAAUAUCCUAAUGGUCUAAGAUCACAUGGCCUAGUAAUAUCAGUAACGUAAUUGAUUAAUAUCACAUGACCUGAUAUUAUCAAUAUCCUAAUGGUCUAAUAUCACUUGAACUGAUAAUAUAAAUAUCCUAAUGGUCUAAUAUCACAUGAUGUAAUAACAUUAAUAUCCUAAUGAUCUAAUAUCACAUGACCUAAUAAUAUCAAUAUCCUAAUGGUCUAAGAUCACAUGGCCUAGUAAUAUCAGUAACGUAAUUGAUUAAUAUCACAUGACCUGAUAUUAUCAAUAUCCUAAUGGUCUAAUAUCACAUGAACUGAUAAUAUAAAUAUCCUAAUGGUCUAAUAUCACAUGAUGUAAUAACAUUAAUAUCCUAAUGAUCUAAUAUCACAUGACCUGAUAAUAUCAAUAUCCUAAUGGUCUAAUAUCACAUGACCUAAUAAUAUCAAUAUCCUACCAGUUUAAGGUCACAUGGCCUAGUAAAAUCAAUAUCCUAAUGGCCUAAUAUCACAUGACCUAACAAUAUCAGUAUCUUAAUUGAUUAAUAUCAGACGACCUGAUAUUAUCAAUAUCCUAAUGGUCUAAUAUCACAUGACCUAAUAAUAUUAAUAAACUAAUGGUCUAAUAUCACAUGAUCUACUUAUAUCAAUAUCCUAAUAGUCUAUCACAUGACCUCAUAAUAUCAAUAACCUAAUUAUCUUAUAUAAUAUAACAUAAUAAUAUCAAUAUCAUAAUGGUAUAAUAUCACAUGACCUAAUAUUAUUAAUAUCAUAAUGGUCUAAUACCACAUGGCCUAAUAUUAUUAAUAUCAUAAUGGUCUAAUACCACAUGGCCUAAUAUUAUCAUAAUGGUCUAAUAUCACAUGGCCUAAUAUUAUUAAUAUCAUAAUGGUCUAAUAUCACAUGGCCUAAUAUUAUUAAUAUCCUAAUGGAUUAAUACCACAUGGCCUAAUAAUAUCAAUAUAUUAAGAGGCACUCCGCUGCCACCUAGUAAAAAAAAUACUGUUUAGUAGAUACACCCCCAAUGUGUAUAUGCAUGUAUUAAUUGGGGGUAUAUUUUAAAAGAGUUUGAAGAGGCUGUAGUUGUUAUGAAUUGCAGCUUUUGUAAGCCCUCUCCUUUUUUUCUGGAAGAGGCUUUAAGUUUCUGGCUUGGUGGUCAUGUUCACGCGCUCCAAUCUGCAACAGAGUAUCUGGUCUGAGGUCUGUUAGGGAGGGAGGGGAAGGCAUGCUCGCAUAGGAGCUAGUGGAAGUAGGAAGGAAUUCUCACUGGCUGUUUGACAGCCAGGGGGGAGUUCCCUAGUUUAUAAAAGUGCUGAGGGUACUCCUCCAGGAUACUGCUUUUGGGUUGUGUAGCAGAGCUCCCUGUACUCCUGCUGGGUACCUCCUCCAAGGACUAGCUGGAACAGGGAAAAACCUCAGCGCUUCUGCCCCAGUAACCGUGGCUUUACUGGGGUCCUCCUGGAGCCUCUCUGUCCUGGAACAGGAUAGGGGACUAGCUUGAUUCCCUCCCAGGGACUGGACGACACAGUUCUGGGAACUCUAGUCCUUACAGGGACUUUCCCCGCCGAAUCCUCCAUGAGCUGGAACAAGGUGCUAAGCAGUGAUUAUAGCCUCCUAGUGUAACAAUACCUUACCUUUCCUCCUCGGACCCACGCAGCACGGCGUCUCUUCACUCACUUCUGGUGAGCGGCACAGCCCUUCUGACGAUGGCCGCUCACAACGCUCUCCCAUUUAUGAAACGGCGCAUGCGCGCCGUAGUCGGCAAGUAAAUGCUGACGUAGUCCAAACGCGACCAAGCCUCCGGACCUUUUGGGGGCGUGGUUUUAAAGCUAUAAACCCCACACUAUAUAACGGCGUCCCUGUCAGUUGUAAGGCACCCUAGUGUGGUUCCUGUUGGUUCCUCUAGUGCUUAUAUAUUUCUUGAGUGUUUGUUUUCUGGUUAUUGACUAUUGGCUUUCCGUUUUGACUAUUCUGCUCUCUGGUUCUCCGUAUUUUGGCUAGGUUAUAUCGUUAAUGCGUCUUCUGUAAUCCCUUGACCUCUGGCUAUCCCUUUGACUACUCUAUAACGUUAGUCCGGCCACUCUAGGGUCCGGUAUACGUCCUCCUCUGGGUUAUACUCUGUGAGAAGGGGUCACUAUCGUGACACCUAGUAACUAGACGACACAUAGUUCUGGGAGUACAACUGGUAUUAUUCCUGCCCCACACACUUUUUAUACAUUGCCCCUAGCAUGGGCUUUCUUAAUCACAAUUACAGGGCUUUUCUUCCCAAGAUCCUCUGUGCCUGAGAGAUAAUUGCGUGAGAAAAACUAUAACUCAAUUAUCUCUCAGGUACAGAAAAAUCGACAAUAUUUUAAAACAUCCAAAAAUACAUUUGAAUAACUUCAGAACCCCAUGAAAGCCAUGUAACCGAAUAGCUUGGAUCUGAGUGCACACUUUGCCAAAAUAUUACUCAGAUCCCUUUGGUGGUCGGGAACGCCAUUCGAAUUAAUCUUUCGGGGGUUCUCACACGAACACUGAUGAAUCCUCCCUUGGUUGUUAGGAUACGAAUGCUCCCCCUCUUCAGUAGUUUAUGCCUCCUGAAUGCCUUUCUCCUAACUGUUAGAGAAGUUGGAUGGGCAGCGAUACAAGUUUACCAGGCAAUCGCAGGUUUGUGUAUCCAAAAUUAGUUCCACACUUUUGAUGACCAUGUACCACUGCCCGUGUUUGGGAGACAAGAUGGUCACCAAUUGUUUAACCCCAUUAAGGACACAUGACAUGUGUGACAUGUCAUGAUUCCCUUUUAUUCCAGAAGUUUGGUCCUUAAGGGGUUAAAUACGUGCAUUCGGUUGUACGAACUGCAGCCAUACAGGGGAACACUUGAACUAAUAACCAAUUUGUGGUUAACAGCCAGGAGCGGUCGGUAAUUAGAAGGUUCGAACAAGGGGACCACACGGAGUUGAUUCGGUGAAUGAACGAGGCCGUUCGGACAGCCGAACAAAAUGGAAUAAAAGUUUAGCUAGUGCAUCCAUUCCGCUACAGGGUGUGAAGUGGUCCUUUAAUGGUCUGAUGUCAGAUGACCGAAUAAUGUAAACAGAUUUUACUAUUUGACCAACUGCUGCUCGACCUAACUUGCUGCUGCUGUGAUUGCUUUGUGUGAAACUGUAGCAGCAGACAAGUUAGGUUGCGCAGUAGGUUUUCGGAUAACAGUAGAAUUUGACCAAUUUUUUUUUUUUUUUAAUUCAUGAUUUUUGAAAAUGUCAAUUAAAUUACAUUUCAUAACUAUCUCUUAAUCACUUCAUGUCAUUGAUAUGGUUUAAAGGAACACUAUACAAAUCUGUAUUCCUAACCCUUUAGUGUCCCUUUCCAUAACUUAAUAGGUCCUCCAUCACUUACCUCUUUCCAGCACCAAGGCUCCAUUGAUGUUGGCCAGGUUUCCUCUCAUGAUGUCAUGGCGAUGGUGGGAGCUAAUGCUCACCGAGAACGCAUUAAAGCUUCCCCACAGGAAAGCAAUGAUUCAGUCCUUUCCUGUGGGGAAUUUAAAAAUGCUAGAUGUCCUCAUAUCCAAUGUUGUUUAAUGGAGUAAAAACAGAUUUGGAAGCACCUGUAGGGGCUGUUUGAAAGUCAGUCGCUAGAGGUGGAGUUAACUAUGCACUGUAAUCAUUACAGAUUCUCAGAAACUGCACUAGCCGGGUUAAACAGACGGGGAUCACUGCAUCCAGAUCACUUUAAUAAGAUGGAGUGGUCUGGUUGCCUAUAGAGUCCCUUUAAUAUCUUAUUGCAGAAAGUCUGAAAGAACUAACAUAAAUAUCAAAGUUGCUUCAUUUUAAAUGGAAGAUGCAGCAGUUCUUAUCGUGUAAUAUCAGAUGAUGGGGAAUAUAAUAUCUUACUUUGUACUGUAUGAUCUGUAUAAACAGGACUCUGAAACUCUGAAAAAGGUUUAUGCCACACAGCAGAAAUACUGACAGGCAUUGUUACAAUUUACAUUGUAGAAUUUUUCUUAUCACAAGUAGGAAAUUAAUCAACAAGACAUUAACUUGUAACAUUCUUUGCACAAAAUAAUUCCAAUAAUUUGCCCUUUAGUACACCACUUUAUAAGAAAUUGUUAUGACAAAAGUUAUGUUUUGAACAUUGAACAUUAAGGUUCCAGUGGUGCUCCAGCUAACCUGUCUGUGUGUGUGUGCGUGUGUGUGUGUGUCUGUGCGCAAGUGUGUGUAAUUGUAACUGUCAAAUAAACUGAAACAUUUUUAUAAAAUGCACAAAUAUAAACAUAAUUACAAUGUGAUUUUGGUUUAAUUCCUAAUUUAACAUUAAAAUAAGAACACAGGUUUCUGGUGAUCAUGGGCUCUAAACUGAUAUUUCCAUUAUUUACAGCAAAUGGAUAAAUAUCCUCCGAAAAGUGAGAGAGGUGAGUGAUAUGAUUCCCUGUACCAGCAGGUCUGUCGAUGUAUGAGGUAAUAACUGGAAUUAAGCCACAAGAACCCAAGGUCUUCCUAACACAACUUAAAAACUAACCGCUGGGCCCUCGAGAACCGUCAUGGUUUUCACCCCACUGAUGGAAGCCCUGGCUGCUUUUUAUAGAAUGUAUGUGAUGCAUGUAUACAGAAUGUAGAAGUGUAGUUCUCUGCCUCUAGAGAUUGUUUUACCAGAUACUAUACAGAUUUGAUUUUUUGGGGAAAAACAUACUAAUGACGGAUGAAAUAGUUAAUAUGUAGGUAAACAGACGUUAAUUCAAGAAGACAGCUGACAUUUUGUAUUCACGAAGGAAGUUUUGGCAAAGUUGAAAAUUGCUUCAAAUUAGGAGUUUUUUUUCCCGAUUUCAUAUCACCAACAGAAAGAUAAAUGUGUGAACGACAAUCAUGAUCGAAUUGAGCAGUUUUUUGAGCCUCUAAUCUUAUGUAACUGUAUAAAUGUCGAUGGUUCCCAUUCAAUGUUAAGGCCAGUUAGCAUUUUUCCUAACUGAAUUUUUUAUUGGGAAAAACAAACCUGAUGUACAUUAUUUAAAAUACCAACAAAAUCUGUAACCUUUUUGGUACCAUAAAAGUUGCAAAGAAAAUGUCGGAUGUCAGUCUUUUUUAGAAUGGCUUGAGGAUUGGACGAUCAACAUAUUUUACUCCAUUAAUAUACUGAUGGAGCUUGUUCUCAUUUUUAUCUGGAGAUUAAAAGAAACCAAGAAAUCGGCAGCACAGGAUGCAACAGGAGUCCUAACAAAACCCAGGUACAUUCCACAUUAAAGCAUAGAAUAUAGAGCCUUCGCUUCCCGACAGCCACAGUAACAAGCCCUGUUAGUGGAAUCGCAACUAGGAUGACUCAGGCGUGAAACAUAGCCAUAAAUUGUCCAUAAAUGCAAUGUGAAAUGUAAACCAAGGAAUAAAAGAAUGUAGGAGAUGAAAUCAAAUGGUUUGUACAAGGUCAUUGCUUCAUAGUGACAAAGACGAUAAAAGACAACAAAUCACGACUCUUCCAGAAUAAAUUGAAAAGGUUCCAGGUUACACUAACACAAGCACUCAGUAAAUCUAGGAUACGAAGUAUGGCAUACAAACAAUAACAAAUGAGUCUAAAAUGUCCCUUCUUAGGGCACCUGUAUGCCCAAAACUACUUUAACUCUUAAUAAAGAUCGUGAAAUGUCAUUUUUACAUUGUGCUAGAAAUUUAACUAACAAAAGUAUAGAUUUCAACAUAUGUUUUCUGCCACCUGCCAAUCAAUUCUCUAUCUCUUAGUCAAGUAAUUGAUUGUUAAAGGAGAGAAUAUACCACCCAUAUGUGGUCCUUCUACUCCCCACCCAUAGCAACCACCACAUGCUGUGAUGCUAUGGUAAUUCAGUAGAAGGUGCUGCUAGCACUCGUAAGAGAGUACAGAAAGAGAGUCUCUGACAUCACUCCGUUUAGAAACAGGCACCUCGCAAUGAAGUCAGCAUGUCGGCAUCAUGGAAGGGGUUUGCUCUCUUGGAGACGUGUCCCCAAGAAGGGCAAAUAAGUAAAGAGACAUGGUGGACAAGAUACGAGUGUUAACAAAGUGUGAGAUCGCAGCUAGCGGGGGGCAGGGGUCAGGUAAGUGUUCACAGGAUUCCUUAUCCUUACAGGAGGACUUAGUGCGAAACAUUACAAUAGGAGUCAUAUGAUUUAUAGGAGUUCCAGGACCUUCCUGGGAGUAAUAAGCUAAAAGUGAAAAUAGUGAGAAUGAAAUAAAUAAAGAGUCCCUGAGAAUUGCAGAUCCUCAUAAAUUCUGGGAGUAGAGAAAACAAACAAAAUAAAGCAUAAUAAACAACUGUUGCAAAGAAUGUUUUUUUAAGAAAGUAAUUUGGGCACCAAAGUCAGAUAUAAAAUAUAUAACAACAAAAAUAACCCUGGAAAAAGUAUUUGAAAGGGAAUGUACUGAAAACCUCACAGUAAUCAAUGUGGAGCAAGCAAAUAUGUGUCUUAAGCAAGUACAAAGUAAGGAUGAUAAAAUAGAGCGAACAAAUAAAACCAGAUAAGGACACCCUGGAGAAGUCAAGGACAGAACAAGGGAAGUUAUGAGAUAAGAAAUUAAAAAGAGAAGAUAGGCCUGGAAACAAGGAUGGAAAUCUAAAACCAAUUGUCAUUAAAGUUCCCGUGCCAUAGCCUCCUGGAGAUGGUUGAAGGCUAGCCUCCUGCCCAGAGACCAUGGGCCCCAUCACCAGCAUUAAAAUGAUGCAUAGCAUAUGGGAGUACUUUGUGUUAUUGUGAGGUUCACUCUUGGAGACACAAACAAAUCUCGGAGAAGAUACUUUCUUUCAGAACUCCAGACAGUAUUCCCCCUGGGGAUUUUCCUAGUUUGCUCAAUCUCGUGGAAGAGCUAUUGAAGGUUCACAGGUUCAGAUCAAGGAAGUUGGAGGAAGAUUAACAACAUUCUUUCUGACCUGGACCAUGACUAUAUCAGACUCUUGGUUAUUAAAACUGAUACAAGAUGGAUGCUCUCAUGUAUCAUCAUAUAAGAUCAGUCCUAUGAAGUUACUCAAAUGCAAAGCCCAUCCAGCCCGGGUUAUUAUGAGCACCCUAGGAUUCAUGACUUUUUGUAUAGCCCUUGUCAGAUGGGCCUACUGGCACACCAGAAAUCUACAGUUGGAGUUACUAAAUUUGCCCAGAGUUAUAUUGGGAUCAAAGAAAUUUCCCAAUCUAUCUUCCAAAAAAGUGAAACACUCAAACAAAAUGUGCAAAAACAGAAGCCAAAAACAUCUAAAUCAAUUUAAAUAAAUUAAAGCACAUUGAUAAAUCUAUAUUUGUUUUCACUUUGUGAAGAUGUUCAUUUGGCAUUUUAUCUUCCACCUCUCUCUUCCUAUCCAUGUCAGAGUCUAUCCAUGCCUCCCUUAUCUCCAACAAGCUGCAGGCUUCAUCCCAACUCCCCCAUUAGAAGGUGUUGCUGGAGAGAUGUUUCUACUCAGACCAAGGACAAGACCCAAGGAAAAGAAGGUAGGUGUCAUCUCUGCAAAGUAGCUUUUUUUUGCAUCCUCCAGCAAAUCACUAAUCUUGGGCUUUCUCUUUAGAUAAAAUGGCUCAGUAUAAGGAAAAGUGUCCUGCUCGCUGCCUUCGUCACAGCUCUCAGUCCCACUGGGGAGUGAAGACAGCAUGUGUGCUCAUGGGAGAAGCUGCAGCUGGUCCAACACUUGCUUACAUGGUGACUACAAGUCACAGUGCUCGCCCAGCCGAAACUACUUCUACCCCAGAUUAUCGAGGGCUGGGCUACAACCAUUCUUCUGACAUAGAGGGAUGUCAGUACGAUGUGGAGUUUGAAGGCAUGGACCAGGAUUACAAUGCCUUUGACUUUGGUGGUUUUGCCUUUUGAAACUUGUUUCGAUUGUUUAGCCUAACUCCUGGUGGUCUUUCUAGAUAUGUUUCCAAUCUUGAAUAUAAAAAGUAAUUAGACAAUGCUUAAACAGUGGUUAAAGUAAAUUGUCAUAUUCUGUGUUCCUCUACUGUAGCAGAUAUGGUUUAGGUUACAUGGCCUGGGUCAAACAUAACAACCAUUCCUGUAGGGUUACAGAAUGGUUGUUUCAAAAGUAGUAUUUUAUCAUUUUUAUUUUAGAUACCCAUCUUAUUUUAUAAAUACUUUUUCUAACAUUACUCAUAUACAUUUAGAGCAAUGAAUACUUUUCUUUUUCCAAUGUCAACUUGUAGGUCCUCGUUCUGACAUGCAGACACCAUGAAGAAGACCCAUCCUAUUCAAUAAAGUUCACGUCUAUACUAUCUCUCUAUAUCACUGUAUCCCUGCCAAUAGCUUCAAUGGGCAGAGACACCAAUAACUUAUUUUAUAUAGAUGGACAUAAAAGCAGAGGAUACAAGAUAGCUUCUAAACAAAGUACAUAAAACAAUAUAUAAAGAAGAAAAAUGCUGGCAUUAAUUUAGACAAAAAAAUGUUAAUGAUAAAUAAUCUCUAUUUUAUUACAUCCAGCUUACAACCAAUGCUCAGAAACACAUAGCUGAGCAUGUGUACUUCAACCUUUGUGGCAACUUUGGGAUUACCUCUCACUACUUGUGAAAUUUUGCAGUCAGGAAAAGUCCGUUACUCACUGGAAGUAAUGUCGAGCACGGUAACGAUACCAGCUCAUACCAUGUAGCUUGCAACAGGAAUCUUACACUUCAAAUGUUAGAGUUCUGAAAAUAAGUUAGGAAUAACAAGCAGCAUAAAAUAAAAUGUAUGUUAUGAGAGGGUGAAAAACUAUUCUUAAGUCAUGCUUAGAAUAUCCCUUUAAGGACAACUAAAAACCAAUAAGAGUCUAUGCCAUCAUAACAAUCCAAAACGGAACUUCUAACUCGUUUUUUGUUUAUUGCUUAGUUUGCAAAGAUAAAUAAGCUGGAAAAUGUGUCUUUUUGAAAGAUCGUUAGGGGCCAGAUUGCAAAGACCAUAAAAAUAUACCCUUGGCCCUUAAGGGACACAUUCCCUCCGAUGACUAGCAAACUAUGUAACUGGCAUGUUUUAUACAAAUAAGUGAAAAACCUGUGUUUGUCUUCCUGUGCCAAUCUUUGUGUAGCUCAUAGAAAGUAGCGAGAUUCAGUCUUUUUUCCUUUAUACUAGUUUAUCGAGUUAUGUUCGAUCCCUACUUUUUUUAAUGUACCCAGGGUAGAUCACAUUAUAAACAUUAUAAUAAUUGCAGCCAAUUAUUACCUUUUCUAAAGCUCCAUUCUCUAUGAUAGAUUGCUAGCCUUAGUGCAGCAGAUGUUUGGUUGCGAGAGACUGCUUGACAAAUCAGAAAUAGAAUAAUAUAACAGAUUACAUUCACAGAUCUUUAAACCAGGAAUGACCAGAUUGGUUGUUUGUUCCCCAUAUUGUGGAAUUCAUUACUUUAUCAUCUUGUCUACUUGAGAUGAAACGCGUUAGGCAAAUGUUAAACUAGUGAUAUUUUUUAAUGGCUACGCUUGUGUCUUGAAGGCAUUGUCGAGUAAAACAUGUUUCAUUGUUCCCUUAACCCAAGUAGACCUUAGUAAAUUUAUGUUUUUAUCAUAUUUUUGCUGCGCAAUCUUGAGCACUUCUAUUAUUUUCAAAAUCUGAGAACUAGCAUUGGAGAUCUGGGAAGGUACGUCUUGAUUAGAGAUAUAUUCUCUUUUUAAAAUGGUUUCUGGUUUAUCAAGCAAAAUGUAGGUACAAACAUGUUUUAAGGCUUCAAUUUAAUUUGUUUGAAUCAGAAAUUAUUCCAAUCUGUUCUGUUGUUAUUAUUAUUAGUAUUAUUAUUGCCAUUAAUAUAGCGCCAACAGAUUCCGUAGCGCUUUACAAUAUUAUGAGAGGGGGAUAUUACUAUAAAUAGGACAAUUACAAAAAACUUACAGGAACGAUAGGUUGAAUAUCUACAGAAGUCACCAUUAAAAUGCGUCGGUAUUAAUUUGAAAAAUGUUGUAUAAUUUCUGAUGCCGAAUGAUUGAGACGUAAUUUUGAUUAUCAUUUAUAUAGAGACAUGCAACUUUAGAAUGUAAAUAAAUACAGUUUUGUUCAGGUUUGUGAGACUAUGGCACUGAGCAAUGGGAGCAAUGAUCCCCUUCUUCCAAUACUUAGCCCUGGGUGGCUGAGAUUAAUGUGCAUUACAAUAUGUGCCAACAGAACCGACUUUGCCAGGACAGUUACGCAUUUCAGACUGCAGGAGGGAACUGGGUACUAGGAUCGUAAAGUCAAGGUCUGCCCAUUGCUUUCUGCCCUGUGCAGCCUGCUCUCCAGUGCCCACUUCUGUACCGGUAGGUGGUCAGAGAAUAUUAACAGGUAUGCGUUGCUGAAAUGGAUCGUCUUAAUUUCUAUACAUCGUUUUUCAGAGACACACUCCGCAGAAGCUCAGAAAUUCUGAGAAAUUUUAAAAUUAUUCUUCCCCUAUAUAUAAAGAAAAUCUUUGCUUCAUUGCUCCUUUGAUCAGAACAUUUGCCAAUAAGCACUUACCUGCCUACAAUAAUGUUGUUCUGUUACUGUGUAAUAUUCUCUGAGGAGUCUCAGCUCCUGUGAUGUUUGGUGCAUGCAGUGGCUCUCAUUGUGCUAUAUUAAAAAUAUAUGUCUUUUCAG